AGAUGGUUACCAAAUCACUGCCGAGUGCGGAUAUAGUGUUGGAGACUCGCUCUCUUCUCAAUUGAAGCACUUAAUUGGUCUCUCUCAUGGCUUCCUCAGGACCGUCGAGCUCUGCAACAGCCAACCACAACGCUAAAGCUUAUGCGGGAUUUGUAGCGAACGCAAUCAAGUACAAACACAACUUCAUUCAGUUCUUCGCAGUGACUGGAAUUUUGCUUUUAAGCGUCAGAUCGUUGGGUCAAAAGUACCGCAUCCAUGACCUUGAGGAGGACACCGCAGCUUUGAAGAAAGAACGGGAAUCUCUAACCGACCGCAUGCGACACAUCAAGCAAAGCCUCCUCCACGAGGCCUCCAUCGAGCCCACAGGUCUCUUCGCUUCUCGACUCCGACUACUCUUCGGCAAAGAUGAUUGAAGAGGAAUGGAUGCAUCCCUCGAUUUUCACAGUGAGUGAACUCCUCUUUCUGUGUUUUCUCAUUUUUGUAUUAUUUUGAGAUGCACAAACUUUAGGGUUAAUAAAAUGUGUAGAAUGUGUG